UUUGAGUGGACUCUCUCUCUCUCUCUCUCUCUUUCUUUAGGGUUUGUUUGCCUACUCUCUCUUCAUCCCUCUUACUGUUGCUACAGAUUACAAUGAGGAAACCUUGUUGUGAGAAGAAAGAGACUAACAAAGGAGCAUGGACAAAGCAAGAAGACCAAAAGCUCAUUGAUUAUAUCCAAAAACAUGGAGAAGGUUGCUGGCGUUCUCUUCCUGAAGCUGCAGGAUUGCUUCGUUGCGGCAAAAGUUGUCGAUUAAGAUGGGUAAACUAUCUAAGACCAGACCUUAAACGUGGUAACUUUGGUGAAGACGAAGAGGACCUUAUCAUCAAGCUCCAUGCACUUCUUGGAAACAGGUGGUCAUUAAUUGCUGGAAGAUUGCCAGGCCGGACAGACAAUGAAGUGAAGAAUUACUGGAACACUCAUCUGAAAAGAAAACUAGUUCGGAAGGGAAUUGACCCCAACAAUCAUCGUUUGGGACUCAUACGGCCUACCAAAUCUUUUGUCUCAAAUAACCAUUCAUGUAAAGAAGUAAACUCUCAAGCAGAUAACUUUCCAGUCUUGAACUCUAGUACAAGUGGCCCAGUGAGCAACAUUAGCAGCUUCCCUGACCUGAAUCUUGAUCUCACUAUAGGCCUUCCAAUUAUGUAGCUAUUCGUGUCAAGUGGGGUACUGAACACUUUGCAUUUCCCAAAACUAAUAGAGGAGCACAUUGCUCAGUAAAACUAGUGAAAGUAAGCCUUUGUCUUAAUGUGAAAGAGUUAGUUUCUUUGUGCAAUUUAGAACAAGCUAGGAAUUUGUUUGUAUGUCCAAAAAAAGAAAAAGAACCUCAGAACCACUCAAACCUAGGAUAAGAUAAGAUAGUCAGUCUCAGAUGAUAUUUAUCUUAAAUGUUGCAUUUUUUUUUUUAAUAGUAAAAAAUUGUGGCGGUUCGUCUGUGCCUGAUUAACUUC